CUCGGAGGGGCGUAGUUCGUGCGUAGAGGGGUGUGGCCCACUUUAGGAGGCCGUAAUAGGGCCACGGCUUGUGCCUAAAGGGACGUGAUCAGGGGCGUGGCUUGUGACCAAAGUCGGUUGCGUUGCUAAGGGGCGUGGCUCGUAACGAGGGGGGUUGCUGCGAGCGUGAUCCGUUACUAGGGGGCGUUGUUAGGGGCGUGGCUCGUAACCAUGGGGGCGUUAUAUUCAGGGGGGCGUUAGGGUCAUGGCUCGUAGCUAGGGGGCGUCGCUGAGGGCGUGACUCGUAACUAGGGGGCGUUGUUUGGGGCGUGUCUGUUAGGCGCGGAGCAGGCGGCAAGCGAGCAGCGAGGCACCGGCGGCGCUGAGGUAAAUGUUCAGAAUAGGAAUAUUUAUUUAUCCUGGAGGAAUCCGAUGAGCUAUAAAGCUCUUUCACAGAUGACCAGUAUGGGCGGGUCAGAACGUUACUGGACAUGUAAAAAAGGAGCUUUUCUAGCUCAUUGGAUUCCCGCGGUAUAAAUAUUCUGGUUCUAAACAAACAAUGCAGCAACACGAUCAGAGUGCAAAAUAUAGAAAAGGUAGGCAAAUCACUAAAACAAUAUAUAAAUAAGACUAAACUUUUUUAUUUCACCAGGUUAAAGCAACACCGAGCUAUUUAGCUUUUUUCAGAAGGGUCCUCGCCACAAGUGACGGCUCAACGAAGUGGCUUUUACGUGGACAUUUGAUGCAGCCAAAUAAACACAACAACCUUAAAUCAAUUCUAGAUUUGAAGCCUACGUGACUUUACCGAAUAGAACCAAAGAAUAUGGAACCUUAAACCACAACGGCGACUUCGCGGUUCCAAGGAACCCACAAACAAGCGACACUGAGACCGACGGCGUAAUGACAGAGCCUCCCCCAUCCAGCAAACAUUGACGAUAACAAUUUUGACUUAAAACGUUCGUGACUGCAGUCAUUCAUAUUCUUGAUUAUUUCGGUAAAGAACCAAGAAUAUAGUGACCGAUAACAGCUGUGUAAAGUUGAGGGGAAAAACCGAGUUGACCACUAUUGUUCAUUAAUCCGGCUUAACAAGCAGAGGAGAUUGACGAUUUCGUGGCGUGAUGGUGAGCGUGGCGGCAAUAUGUUCUUGAGUUAAGCGCCAAUGUCGAGGUCUUCUGGCCACGACGAAGAGGGCUUCACGAGAGUUGGUGUCGUUUUGCUGCCCCAAUGAAGGAGCGCAGACUCUACAGUGUUUUUGCUGUAUGAUCCAUAGUUUGGUUGGCAUGGCUGGUCACACUUGCCGUGACUUGCGUAUUUAAUUUUCCAUUCAUGUCGGAGAUGUGCUCAUCAGCCUGUUGAAGUUCUGAUGCGGUUUUAUGUAGCGCCAGUGUCUUUGAGGAGGAAAGUCAAAAGCCAGCAGGUGUAAUGUUUGGGUCUCUCGAACGAGGGGUUUAUUCUGGACGUACGCGUUGUUCCACUCUGUUCAUCACAGAGUUAUUCUGGGUUAGAUUCUAGGAUGGCGACUUCAGUGCGGUCCCAGAAUGGGGAUCGGGACUUGAGUCGAGGAACGUUGUUGAGGUCUCGGUUGAUGGGCUAGGUGGUUGAUGGAGUUUUCAUGUCUCUACGGAUAUUUGGUGGAAGAAUUGCGGUGUGGGUACUCCACCUCUUCCGAUACAUUUUCCGUGCGUUGAAGAGUAUAGCAAAUUUUGCCGAGAGAUCCCUCUUGUGGAGGCUCUUAAGCCAGCAGUGUCGCAGGCAUGCAAUUGCAGGGCCGCACCGUUUUGACCUCACCGAGGUGAAUAUCGAGUAAUUCUGUCUUGAAUGAGCUUGUGAGUCAUGUAUAGCCUACAUAGAUCACCAGAGCCAGAGGUUGCAGGUGAGGAUAGAGCCCAGGAACGGCAGUCAGGUGAGUGUGGAGCCAGAUGAGACCAAUCAAUCUGCAUAUUGCAGCAUAAUGGGAACGGUACAGGGGUAUAGAGCAACAGGAAUGGAAAAAAACCGUCACAACAUCAGCGGCUAACAGCACAGACGAAGCAAAGUAAAUUCCAACCGUGCACAAUGAAUAGCAUAAGUGUUUGUUGAACUUCUUUUGCACCGUACACAGCCAAUUGCUAAUCGGAGGUGCGCAGGAAGGACAACAACCUACACACAAAAAUAGUUCUCAAGAAAUUAGUUUUCAAUCUAGAUGUAAAAGUGCUUAGCUUCAGUGGCCUCCUAAUAUCAGAAGGAAGAGUGUUACAGACAGCCGCAAAAGCGUAUCUGAAAGCGCACGAUGCAGUGACCGUCUUUGUUUGAUGACUAGACCAAAGCCACUGCGAGGAUGGCUGGCGUUUGAGUGAUGGUUUAUGCUCCUUAACGAGAUCAGCAAGGUAUUGUGGUUCAUUUGUGGCAAGCACUUUGUGUAAUGAGAGGGAGUUUAUAAUAUAUUCGUUCGGCAACCAGAAGCCAAUGCAGCUUGGCGAGCACUGGACGGACAUGGUCGGAUCUUCGAGUACCUCUCACAACAUGUUCCAGAGAAUUAUGCACAUGCUGCAGCUUGGUAAUGUAUUUGCCCGAUGUCCCGAAGAGUCGUGAGUUGCAAGAAUCAAGCCUUGUCGAUAUUAUACUACACGACUCUAGUGGUAAAAUGUGCCGUACAACCCUGAUGUAAAAAUUGUAGGACCUGACUAUGUUGCACGUGAUGAUCAAACGACAUUCUGGUGGAUUAUGGAGCCGAGGGUCUUUAGAUGAGGAGAAAACUGAAUCUUGGAGUCUGCGACCGCCACACCUGAUCCUCCCACAAUUUUUUCCCCAGAACUUGUGUGCUAACCAGCAGCACCUUCGAUUUUUCUGGAUUAAGCAAUAUUCCAUUUCGUGCAAAUUACACGUGCACCGCUUCUGUGCAAUCUUUGAGGUUAGUGAGACUCCAUAUUUAACUUUGACUUCACUGAAAAAAGGUAAGUAGUAAAUUAAUAGAAGCAAAACUUUUUAUUUUAUAUUUUAUGGGACUACAAAUAUGAGCAGAGCCAGUCGAGAAUAGUCAGGUACCGAUAGAGCCAGGUGAGAAUAUAGCCAGGUGAGGGCAUCUGAACUGGACUCUGCCUGUGAUUUGCUUUACAUCUGUGUGUAUGUGAUGAGUGUUGUGUGUGGUAUGUGUCUGGCGAGAGUGUGUGGUGAGGUGUGCGAUCGUGUUUUGACAGGUAUUGUUGGCUGGGGUCAUGAGGCACUGUGACAUGGAGCAUGGAGUCCUCCAUGACUCUCGAGUGAGCAGCAAGCGGAGCCACGUCCGCCAGUACUUCCCCAUGGCGAUGCAAUCUCGCAGGCGUCCGCGCCAGGACGGUGGAAAAAGCCAUGUGAACAAUCGCGGCGCGAGCCCCAGCCUCAUAAUACAGCGCGGGGAAAUGGCAGCCUUCUUCCGUCUGUUUGACGAUGAUCUGAUACAGGACUUUUUAUGGAUGGACAGUUGCUUUAGACUAUCGGACAAGUACCUGCUCGCCAUGGUGUUCUCCUACUUCAAGAGGGCUGGCUUCAAGACUUCCGAAUACAGUCGCACAAAUUUCUUCUUGGCUCUGUAUCUGGCCAAUGACAUGGAAGAGGAUGAGGAGGAGUCCAAGUAUGAGAUCUUCCCCUGGGCACUGGGCCACGGCUGGAGGAAGUCUUUCCCAGAAUUCCUCAAGUGGCGCGAGGAGCUUUGGGCACGCAUGGACUAUCGUGCUGCCGUAAGCUGGCGCUGCUGCAAAGAGGUCAUGGCAAUUGCGCCGAACCACAACAUCUGGCAGCGUGAGCGCUUGGCCCAUCACAGCGGAGCCGAGCGCAGCUGGCGCAGGGGAAAUGGGCAGCCAGUGGCACUGCUGGGCCCCCAGCCUCCUCCCGGAGUGGAACGGCGCUGCGUGCUCUGCACCAAGAAGCUGAGCGUGAUGCACCUGGACGCUUCGUCUUCCUCUUCUUCCUCGUCAGCAUCCCCUUCUUCCUCUUCAGCAUCCCCCUGCACCAUGAACCUGCUGGAUCUCUUCACAGAGCACGGCGAGGGUGGUGCCUGCCCCACUCGGCCACCGCACGGCCACCGCACGGCCACAGGAGUAGAGCGAUACUCGGCAAAGGACAACACACAACCUCCGUGGGUGCUGGAAUGUGGGACAAAGCGGCGACGUGCUAUCCUGGACAAGAAGGGCGCCUGCGGUGCGAUGCCAGUCGCAAAGCCAUGUGCGUGGUAUUUAUAAAAUGGACUCUGCUGGACUAAGGUGGAAGCAACAGAAAAAAAACAACACUGUGGUGUGGAGUGUUGUAAAAUACAAGCUCCUGAGCGAGGAACGACGUAGACAUUUCUAGAAUUGUCGCAAACCAACACUUGUCAUAACUCCAAAUCUAUAAGGGGUGUAAACAAAUACGUGUAGUAACCUUAGCAGAGAAAUUAGGGGCCGUCCAUAAAUGACGUCACGCACCGGGGGGGGGGGGGGU